AUGGUGUACGUUUAUUACGUGAGUGUUUUCAUUAGCAGCAGAAUUCUUGGCUGAAAAUCAAAUCUGAAAAUGUUUCCAGUCGUCUCCCGGAAUGUAUACAGUUAUCGCGUGUUGCGUGGUCUUCCUCCUUCUCUUCAUAAUUUGCCUCUUCUUCUGCUGUCAGUGUUGUUGUGGAACAGUUCGGGAGGAGCGAGUUGUUGUGUAUGAUCAGCCAGCCUAUGGAAGGGAAUAUCCUCAACCACAACCACAAUAUGCCUACGGUCCACCACCCACUCCACAACAACCCCCGCCACCGUAUAAUCCAGCAUAUGGCAGAAGAUAA